AUGCGGGAGGUGUCGCCGUGGCUCGGGUGGGUCGACACGCUGACCGGGCUGGAGGCCAAGACGAGGCGCACCUUCGAGGCGCUCGACGGCUUGCUCGAGCGGGUCAUCGCGGACCACCGCCGUAGACGGCGUCCUGGGCCUGGAGGGGACGGCCGGCCGGAUGUUGACGGCGCUGGUGCCGACGACGAUCACCGGGAUUUCGUCGACGUGUUGCUGGAUGUGAACGAGAUGGACAACGAUGCUGGGCUCCGGCUCGGCACGGACAGCAUCAAGGCAAUCAUCAUGGACGUGUUUGCUGCCGGCACUGACACUUCGUCCACGGUGCUGGGAUGGGCCAUGGCGGAGCUCAUGAACCACCCGGACGAGAUGCGAAGGCUGCAGGCCGAGGUCCGCGGCGCCAUCGCCGGCAAGGACGCCGACCGCCGCGACGUAACCGAGGAGCACCUGGACAGGAUGCCGUACCUGAAGGCGGUGAUCAGCGAGACGAUGAGGCUGCACGCGCCGGCGCCGCUCCUGAUCCCGCGCGAGACGACGGAGGACACGGAGCUGCUGGGGCACAGCGUGCCGGCGCGCACGCGGGUGGACUUCAGGUCCGUGCCGUUCGGCGCCGGGAGGAGGGGGUGCCCCGGCGCCGGGUUCGCCGCGCCGACUGUCGAGCUCGCUCUCGCCAACUUGCUGUAUCACUUCGACUGGCCCGCGCCGACGGCGCACGGCGGCGGCGUGGGGACGCCGCCCGUGGACUUGAGCGAGGUGUACGGGCUCUCUGUCCGGCUCAAGACGCCGUUGAUCCUCGUCGCCAAACCAUGGCUAGGAUGA